AUGUCCACAGCACUCCCGAUGCAACAGUUCCACUUCCCUCCUCUCCCGUCCUCGCCGCUCUCCCCGCGCGCGACAAGCACGACUCCCAUCUUCCCAACGACCAUGCCCAGCAACAACAGCUCCCCCUCCACAUCCACCUUCAACUUCUCUUCCCCAUCAAACACCCCCACGGCGCAGCACGCCCAAACACCGCGACACCAGCCUCCCUCCCCCUCCCGCCUCUCCCCGCAGUCUACCACCACGCCGACAAAACCCCCAUCAUCAAAAUACGCCCAGCGCUACGCCACCCUCUCGAAUCCGCUGCAGAACGCGCCGCCGCGCACAUACACGGCCUCCGCGUCGCCGUCCGCCCGCGCCGCUCGCCGCAAUCUCUUCCUCAACCGCAUCAAGCAGGACCGCGACAACGGCCGCUUCGAGACCCGCGGCGAGCAGCUCGUGCUCAUGGAGCAUGUCGCCGAGCAGAAGAUGUGGGGCGAGGCGAUGCGGCGGCGUGCGGAUGGGCUUUUGUCGGUCGAGAUGGGGGGUCUGGACGAUAUGGAUACGGGUGAUGCUUCUGGUAUGUUGUUGCGUUUUGGGUUGUUGGUUUGUAUGUUGUAG